GCUUCCGUAGUCAAUAAAUGUGGAGCCGUCAGAGUCACAUGCUGCAGCACAACAAUAAUAAGGAAGUACAGGAGAUGAUUUGAGAGGUUUUUCAACGAUUCUCGCCUCAACUAGGUGUGAAGAUGAGGUUUUUCUAUGGGUUUGUGGCUUUUCUUUGCUGCUUUCACUCGUAUGGAGGGAGCGAGCCAAUUAAAACAUUUGUUAUUCCUCAUAGUCACAUGGAUGUUGGAUGGGUGUACACUAUUCAGGAGAGUAUGCAUGCUUAUGCAGCCAAUGUUUACACCACUGUGACUGAAGAGCUGUCAAAGGCCCCAGACCGCAGGUUUAUUGCUGUGGAGCAAGAAUUUUUCCGAUUGUGGUGGGACACUGUGGCUACAAACUCCCAUAAGAAACAGGUGCGACAGCUAGUAAAAGAGGGUCGACUUGAGUUCAUCAUCGGGGGCCAGGUGAUGCACGACGAGGCUGUAACUGAUCUAGAUGAUGAGAUAUUGCAGAUGACAGAGGGACACGGUUUCCUCUAUGAAACAUUCGGGGUACGACCUCAGUUUUCCUGGCAUGUGGAUCCUUUUGGAGCGUCAUCCACCACGCCGGUUCUGUUUGCCCUGGCUGGGUUCAACGCCCACCUCAUCUCCCGCAUUGACUAUGACCUCAAAGACAGCAUGCAGAAAAACAAGAAGCUACAGUUUGUUUGGAGAGGCUCCCCCUCUUUAAAGGAGAAGCAGCAGAUCUUCACUCACACUAUGGACCAGUUCAGCUACUGCACACCAUCAUACCUGCCAUUCUCUAACGGCUCUGGAUUCUACUGGAACGGUGUUGCGUUGUUUCCUGAUCCCCCUAAAAAUGGAAUUUACCCCAACAUGAGCCUGCCUGUGACCAAGAAGUCCGUGCAUGCCUACGCCAAGACUAUGGUGGAGAACAUCAAGCAGAGGGCGGCGUGGUUUAGGACCAACAAUGUUCUCUGGCCCUGGGGCUGCGACAAACAGUUCUACAACUCAUCGGUCCAGUUCAACAACAUGGAUCCUCUAAUGAAAUACAUCAACCAGAACAGUAAAGAGUUUGGGGUGACAGUGCAGUAUGCCACUGUGGGUGAAUACUUCAAAGCUAUCUACCAAUCAAAUCUAACCUGGGAGGUACGUGGGAGUGAGGAUUUUCUGCCUUAUUCUACAGAACCACACCAGGCAUGGACAGGGUUUUACGCUUCUAGAAACGUCCUGAAAGGAGUGGCACGACAAGCCAGCUCCCAGCUCCACGCAGCAGAGACUCUUUUUACCCGAUACAGAAUCAGCUUCCCUGACGGACCCGUGGCUAAAGACUGGGCCCUGGAUAAACUGAGGGCGCUUCGCUGGGCUGUCUCAGAGGUCCAGCACCAUGACGGCAUCACCGGCACAGAGUCUCCCAAAGUAGCCGACAUGUACCUGCAGCAUCUCACGCAGGCCAUGAUGGGUGUCGAGGAACUUCUGGCUGCACUCUUCCUGCUGCCCCACAAUCUUGGAAUACCCAGCAUCCUCGGGAACCGCUACCACAAAAAAGGUGUUCAUCGGGCUUUGGAGCAACAUGUCAUUGUUUACAACCCGUUGGCAUGGAACGUCACUACUAUCAUCAACAUCAAUGCAACUUUCCCCUCUGCAACUGUCUUUGAUGAUGAAGGACACCCUGUGCCGUCCCAGAUUCAGAGGUCAGCAGACUCCAAUGUGACCUACGACCUUUUCAUCAUGGUUGAACUCGGAGGCCUUCAGCACAGAAGAUACCUGAUAAAGUUCUCGGAGAAGAAAUGCUCUGGGUGGUCCAAGUGCAACUGGACGUACGAAGCUAAAGCAGUUCAGUUUGAGAGACGUGACAUCGGGGAGUCAUUGAAAACAGGGAGGAGACUCCUGCCUGUUCUGAAUGAGUGUUACAAACUCAUGUUCGACCAGGAUACCAAUCUACUGCACAGCAUCACUCAUCUUCAAGAUAAAAGAAGAGUAAUGAUGACCCAGGAUUUCUGGGAGUACCACGCUAACGGGGAUGUAAAAGCAGGACCCAUCUCUGAUAACUACAUCUUCAGCGCCAACGGUUCAGCUGUGCGGGCGUACAAGGCUGUAGAAAUGGAGAUCAUCCCUGGGAAGCUUGUGACUGAGAUCAGACAGUUCUUCUUCAGGGAGAAAAGUGACAAAGACUAUGCCUACUCCAUCACUACCCGUGUUCCUGAAUGCUUUGGGACUGGGCCUCGGUGUCACAGGCUGGAGCAGAUGUACUCACUGGGACCCCUCAGUCUCAACACAGAGGUCGUGCUAAGAACCAGCUCCUCUUUGCAGAACAACAGGACCCUGUAUACGGAUGAUAACGGCUAUCAGAUGAUGAAGAGGAUGUACAGGACGUUCAUUAAUAACACAUUAGCAAGAAACUACUUCCCCAUGGUCCGGACAGCUUACAUAGAGGAUGACCUCAGCAGGCUGGUUCUGGUGAGCGACAGAGCUCAUGGCGUGUCUAGCCAAGCAAACGGGCAGCUAGAGGUUAUGCUCCAUCGCCGACUCUGGAACAACUUAGCCUGGAACCUCGGCUACAACCUCACCCUUAACGACAGCUCGGUAGUAAAGCCCACUCUGUGGAUGGCGCUGGGCUCCAUUAGUGCUACAUCCAAGUUCUACCAAAGGGAGGCGAUAGAGUUGCAGCACAGACCUGUUAUAAUGCCCAUAGACCAGCCACAGAAGCCCUGGCAGGAGAAGGAAUCAAAAGAGGGUCCUCCUGUGCGCUCGGUGGUCUUGCCGCCCAACCUCCACCUGCUCAGUUUCAGCAUCCCAGGAUGGAACUACAGCUCUAACCACAAUGUUCACCUCAGCCGUGUUCACUCAGGUCAAGAUCUGCCCUCUAAGCCAGACUACGAUCGGGUCCUGAUGAGAAUCAUGCAUCUCUUUGAGGAGGGAGAAGACCCAGAGCUCUCGAAGCCAGUUACAAUAAACCUGAAGGAAGUUCUACAGAACAUAGGGGAAGUAAAAGUGCUGGAGGAGCGUUCUCUGACAGGAACCUGGGACAUCAACAGUCUGCAGAGGUGGAAGUGGAACACUACAGAUAACUUUGACACAAACAACAGAGGGUGUUGGAGUUGUGGAGAUGCAGCUUUCACUGUCACCAUCUCACCCAAAGAGAUCAGGACCUUUUUUGUUCACUUUGCUACCAGGAACUUUUAGGCUGAACUGUUUGUUUGUCUUCUGUGAAGAUAGCCAAUCAUUAAAACGCUGUGACAAUUAUUUUAAAGUUUUCAGCUUUUGCUACUCUGUCGAUGCUAUUUUUCGCACAUUUUUGCCAUUUUUAAAAAGAAGCACUGAUGUGCUGAAAAAGUGAGAAUCAAUGAGUCCCUGUUAACUCAAUCAUGAUGAUUUCUGUCAAAUUAUUUUAAAUGUGCAAUUUCACUAACACGGGUAAAUCAACAGCCUGGUUGAGUUUGUCUGAUGCUGGGGACUUGUAUAUAAUUCAGACAGUUUAAAGCUGCUUUAAAGUUUAAAACUACCAAUGAUGCCUUGAACACAUUUGCUUCAAUGUUAAUUGUAGCAAGAGAAGGUGGGUUGAACUCAAGGUAAAUUUAGCUUAGCUGAAUGCAAGCUAACCUUUGCUGACUGAAACCCACAAAGUCACAGUUGGAAGAAACUAAAUAAAAGCAUUUACAAAAGUC